AUGUUUGAAGGCGCUCUCGUUUCUCAGCAGCUGAAGAACCUCCGAGAGAUUCGGUCGAUGGGCGCUCAACCCUAUAGAAUAUACGUAUAUCGCAAUCGAAAAUGGGGAGUAAUUUCCAGCGAGAAGAUAGUCGCCGGCGACAUUGUUUCUAUAACGCAGUCGUUUUCCGAUAAGCUCAUCCCCUGCGAUCUUCUCCUUCUACGAGGAAGCUGCAUCGUCGACGAGUCAAUGCUAACGGGUGAAUCGAUCCCCGUAACCAAGGAAUCGUGUGAGAAUAUUACGGAUGAAGAUGUAGUGGAAUUUGGUGACGCCGACAAAGUUCACGUACUUUUUGGCGGAACCAAAAUCGUUCAGUUAACGCCACCAGCUAAAUCUGAUGGCAUCCCUAAAGCUCCAGAUAGUGGUUGUACUUGCUUUGUCUUGCGGACUGGUCUCAGUACGUGCCAGGGAAGUCUGUUAAAAACAAUUAUGUACAGCGUCAAAGCAGUUACGGCCAAUAAUCUGGAAACACUGCUCUUCAUCGCAUUCCUUCUGGUAUUUGCCCUUGCUGCAUCAACAUACGUCUGGAUAGAAGGAACAGCCGACCCGAGGAGGAACCGUUACAAGCUUUUUAUCGAGUGCACACUGAUUAUCACCUCCGUCAUUCCACAAGAACUUCCAAUCGAGCUGUCCCUUGCGGUGAACACUUCAUUGGCGUCGCUCUCUAAACUAAGUAAUUUGAAUUCUUGUUAUCUGCUUCAUCUCUCUUUUUUUUCAUUCUCAUUUCCCUAUACAAACAACAAAAUGUGCACAAAAGUCACACGAUUAUUUAUAACGAGUUCCGUACCUAUCAUCAAGUAA